ACAUUGUUCACAGUCAGGGGUAUUGUUCAUCGUUUAGAAAACACGCUGGUAUAAGCGUUAUUACGAGUAUCGAAUACGCCAGGAAUAAAAAGCUUGAAUCGUACACCGAACUCAGACUAGUCAAAUAGGUAUUAUCUGUGGCAAAUUCAUCGACGUAAAAGCGAACCGAAACCAGAAUCAAAACGACCUGUACGAGUCACCUACCACCUUGGAUGUAGCAGCUACAUCAUCGAAAGUCAUCUUCAUUAUUUCAUUAGAUCAUCGUCGUUUAAUCGUCUGCCUGCUCCUGGUUACUUUUAGCGCCUGAUGCUGUCGUACUACGAGUAAUCUCGUCCUCGCUAUCUUCACACAGUUUCGCGGUUAUUUUCGGUGAAAUGUUUAUCAGUAGUGUGCCGUUUUGUGUACUGUUUUCAAUUUGUGCUGUUGUUUAUGCCGAUACGACGUUUAAAACACCUUCGGAUAGAGAUGGUGAACCGUACAAGCCUUUUCCUGCACCAAAGCUUGAUACCCGGGAGAAUGAAGUCGAAUUUUGGAAAAACCAGGCCCAAAACACAUUGCACGAGAAACUGGCCCAAAAGCUGAACACGAAUCGGGCCAAGAACGUGGUAUUCUUCUUAGGAGAUGGGCUCUCGAUACCGACCAUCACAGCGGCUCGAAUAUACCAGGGUCAAUUGGCGAACAGGACUGGCGAAGAAGAGCAAUUGUUUUUCGAAACGUUUCCGUAUACGGGAUUAUCGAAAACAUACUGCACCGACGUACAAGUAGCCGAUUCCGCUUGCACAGCUACAGCCUACUUGAGCGGAGUUAAAACCAAUGUAAGAUGUAUCGGAGUCUCAGCUGCGGUCAAAGUGGCCGACUGCGAAGCUGCCAAGAUAGCUGCCAAUAGGCCUACCUCAAUACUGAAAUGGGCUCAAGACGCUGGAAUGGCGACCGGAAUCGUGACCACGACUCGAGUCACUCAUGCCUCUCCGGCCGGUACUUAUGCUCAUGUACCCUUCCGUGACAUGGAAUGUGAUGCUGACGUCUUAAAGAAGGGUAAACUAGAUCCGGUCAGCUGUAAUUUCGAUAUAGCCAAACAACUCGUAUACGAAGAGCCCGGUAAAGAUAUAAAGGUCAUCAUGGGAGGCGGACGCAAUAAAUUUUUACCAUAUAAUAUCACGUUGUCGAAACACGAAAUCAACGGUAGCAGACUGGAUGAAGAUCUUGUGUACAGAUGGAAAGAAGAUAAAAUUUCCAAGAAAGCGAACGCAACCUAUAUAACCAACGUUAAUGAUCUCAAAAGCCUAAAUAUCGAUAAAGUCGAUUAUUUAUUAGGUCUAUUCGCCCCGGAACACUUAGCCUACCACUUAGACAACAAGAAAGACCAACCGACCCUCGAAGAAAUGACCGAAACCGCCAUAAAAAUCCUCCAAAAGAACGCCAACGGGUUCUUUUUAUUCGUCGAAGGAGGCGAGAUCGAUAUAGGUCAUCACGAAAACUUAGCCCACAAAGCGCUCGACGAAACGGUGGAAUUUGCCAAAGCUAUAAGAAAAGCCAGCGAGAUGACGAGCGAAGAAGACACUUUGAUUGUGGUGACUGCCGAUCACGCGCAUACGAUGAGUAUGAGCGGGUAUCCGGCCAGAGGUCACGAUAUAUUGGGAUUGUACAGUAAAGGCAAAGAUGGAUUGCCUUAUGCUACCUUGAGUUAUGCUAAUGGGCCAGGAUAUCAUAACCAGACUAGUCCCGGAGUUCGGUAUGAUUUAACUAACGAUGAUACAGACGCCAUCAACUACACGUUCCCAGCCCUAGUUCCUAAACGCAUGGAGACCCAUGGAGGCGACGACGUGGCCGUGUACGCCCGCGGUCCUUGGGCACAUUUAUUCAGCGGAAACUACGAACAGAAUUAUAUACCGAUCGCGGAAGCGUACGCCGCCGGUAUUGGCCCAUCCGCAACUGCCCAGACAACUCGAACGGCAAAUUCAAGCUUCACAUACACCGCUAACUAUUUACUGGUCGUAUCGAUGUUCGCGAUAUGUGUAAUUGUUAAAUAUGCGGCGUAAGAGCUCUGCCACACCGAGUAGGAGAACCUAUUAGUCUGUCAUGUGCUCUUCGGCCGCUAACUCGGAGGCCGAUUGUGAUCCAUUCGAUUCGAGAUUAUCGGAUCGCAAGUUGUUAACAUAUUUGUAUAGUUUUUAUAGCGUUAGAUAUCGUUUUAUGUGUAACUGUAUUAUACUUCGUGACUGUAUAAAUUUACUCCAAUUUUCUCUCAAAUUUUCUUCCUAUUAUUAUUAUGAUUGUGACGAUUUGUUAAGUUAAAAAUAUACGUCUACGUGUUUUUUUCGUA